GGAGCAAAAACUUCCAGCCAAACAAACUCGGAGACCGCAUGCCCCCACCCUCCUUCUUGGCGCGGAGAAGCUGCUGCCUCGGCAGGAGCGCUCACCCCGGGGUUUCGGGGGAGACCGAGGGUCUGGAGGGGACUGACUGUGGCAGCCGGCGGCCCCGCCCUGCUAUGGGCUUUGCCCUGGAGCGCUUUGCCGAGGCCGUGGACCCGGAGCUGGAGUGCGGGCUGUGCGGCCAGGUGCUGGAGGAGCCGCUGUGCACGCCGUGCGGGCACGUCUUCUGCGCCGGCUGCUUGCUGCCCUGGGCGUCGCGGCGACGCCGGUGCCCCUUGCGGUGCCAGCCGCUGGCUCCGGCCGAGCUGUACCGGGUGCUGCCGCUGCGCAGCCUGGUGCACAAAUUGCGCGUCCGCUGCGACCAUAGCGCCCGCGGCUGCGCCCGGGCACUGCGGCUGCACGAGCUGGCGGCGCACGUCGAGCGCUGCGCCUUCGGCCCUGCGGGCGGCCGGAGCGGCAUCCCGGGGCCGGACGAGCACAGAGCCGGCGGCAGCAGCGGGCCGGCACGAGGGGCCUGCGGAGCUGACCCGGGCGGGGACGUGCGAGGCUCGGGCGGGCGGGGGCCCGGGCCUGGGGGCCUCGCCUGGAGGCGGCGCGAGCGGGCGCUGCUGGCCCGGCUCUGGCUGCUUCGGGCCGAGGUGCAGCUGGCGGCGCGUAGGUACCGGGACCAGUUCACCCAGUACAUGGCUCACGUCCGCUCCUUCGCUGCCGGCGACCCGGGCGGCGAAGGCCAGGAUGAAGAACAUAUACCAUUCACCAUUGUGCUAGAAAGAGAAAAUGACAAACUGGGAUUCAAUAUUAUAGGAGGCCAACCAAGUCAGACUAACCAGAAAGAAACAACAAUGGAAGGAAUUUUUGUCUCAAAAAUUUUGGAAAAUGGACCUUCUGACAGAGCAGAUGGCCUGGAGAUUCAUGACAAAAUCAUUGAGGUCAAUGGGAAGGAUCUCUCCAAGGCAACCCAUGAGGAGGCGGUGGAAGCUUUCCGAAAUGCCAAGGAGCCCAUCGUGGUGCAGGUUCUAAGGAGAACACCUCUCAGCAAAGCAGCCUAUGGGAUGAUUCCAGAAGUGCAGUUCAUGCAUGCCAGCACUCAGACAGACAUCACCUUUGAACACAUCAUGGCCCUGGCCAAACUGAGGCCACCCACCCCUCCUGUGCCUGACGUCUGUCCAUUUCUGCUCUCAGACAGCUGCCAUUCUCUUCAUCCGAUGGAGCAUGAAUUUUAUGAGGACAAUGAGUAUCUUUCCAGCCUGCCUGCUGAAGCAGACAGAACAGAGGACUUUGAAUAUGAGGAGGUCGAGUUAUGUCGUGUUAGCAGUCAGGAGAAGCUGGGCCUGACAGUCUGUUACCGAACAGAUGAUGAAGAAGACACCGGCAUUUAUGUCAGUGAGGUAGAUCCAAACAGUAUUGCGGCAAGAGAUGGACGGAUUCGAGAAGGGGAUCGAAUUUUGCAGAUAAAUGGGGAAGAUGUCCAGAAUCGAGAGGAAGCGGUGGCACUGCUAUCAAGUGAUGAGUGCAGGCGGAUCGUGCUGCUGGUGGCAAGGCCAGAGAUUCAGCUGGAUGAAGGCUGGCUGGAAGAUGAAAGGAAUGAAUUCUUAGAGGAGUUAAACUUGGAGAUGCUGGAAGAGCAGCAUAAUGAAGCAAUGCAGCGUACUGCCAAUGAGGCGGAGCAGCCCAAAAAGCAAGAAGAAGAAGAAGGCACCACAGACACAGCAACAUCAUCAUCCAACAACCACGAGAAAGACAGUGGUGUGGGGCGCACGGAUGAAAGCCUGAGAAAUGAUGAGAGCUCAGAACAGGAAAAUGCAGCUGAGGAUCGCAACAGCAGGUCUUUGAAGAGCAAGAGAGAGCUGGGGCAGAGCCAAGACACUCUGGGAAGUGUGGAGCUUCAGUGCAAUGAGAGUUUCCUGUCGGGUGAAUACAUUGACUCAGACUGCAUUGGCAACCCAGAGGAUGAGUGUGAAAGAUUCCGGCAGCUCUUGGAGCUCAAAUGCAAAAUCAGAAGCCACGGAGACUAUGAUCUGUAUUAUUCAAGCAGCACAAUAGAAUGCAAUCAAGGUGAACAAGAAGGAGUGGAGCAUGAGCUGCAGCUGCUGAACGAAGAAUUGAGAAACAUUGAGCUGGAGUGUCAGAAUAUCAUGCAAGCUCACCGGCUUCAGAAAGUGACAGACCAGUAUGGAGACAUAUGGGCACUGCAUGAUGGGGGAUUCCGGAAUUAUAACACUAGCAUAGAUAUGCAGAGGGUCAAGCUAGAUGACAUCAUCGAGCAUCCAGAAAAGUCAGACAAGGACAGUUCCAGCGCUUACAACACAGCUGAGAGCUGCCGAAGCACCCCACUCACGGUGGACCGAUCCCCUGACAGCUCACUUCCAAGAGUGAUCAACCUGACCAAUAAGAAAAACCUGAGCAGCACGAUGGCUGCCCAUCAGUCCUCCUCUGGACAGAGCAGUAAAGAGUCAACCUCUGCCCGAGGCAAAACCACCACGGAGCUGGGGUGCACCACUGAAGGUAAGGAAAAACCCGCGGAGAGCAACAAGCUUUCUGACCCAGAGAAGACAGGCAGUGAGCGCAUUCCCUAUCUCUCUCCCUAUCACAGCUCCUCCUACAGAUAUGCCAACAUCCCAGCACAUGCCCAGCACUAUCAAAGCUACAUGCAGUUGAUUCAGCAGAAGUCUGCGGUGGAGUACGCCCAGAGCCAGCUGAGCUUGGUGAGCAUGUGCAAGGACGCUCAGAAGUGUUCCGAACCCAAGAUGGAAUGGAAGGUGAAAAUCAGGAGCGACGGGACACGCUACAUAACCAAGAGACCCGUGCGAGAUCGCAUCCUGAGAGAACGUGCCUUAAAGAUCAAGGAGGAGCGGAGCGGCAUGACCACAGACGACGACACGAUGAGCGAGAUGAAGAUGGGACGCUACUGGAGCAAGGAGGAGAGGAAGCAGCACCUGGUGCGCGCCAAGGAGCAGCGGAGGCGCCGUGAGUUCAUGAUGCGCAGCCGGCUGGAGUGUCUCAAGGAGAGCCCGCAGAGUGGUGGCGAGGGCAAGAAGGAGAUCAACAUCAUCGAACUCAGCCACAAAAAGAUGAUGAAAAAGAGGAACAAGAAAAUUUUGGACAACUGGAUGACAAUCCAAGAACUGAUGACCCAUGGGACCAAGUCUCCGGAUGGCACUAGAGUGCAUAAUGCCUUUCUGUCAGUCACCACCGUAUGACACCCCCUCCGCCCCAGAUCCCAGGAAGCAACUGAUUUUUCAGAGGGUGCUACCAGUUUGGGUAGAGUAUGAUUGCCUCGUUCAAUGUGGCAUUUUUAUAUAUAUUUUGUGACUCUUUAUAGUUUAAAUUUUUUCUAAGCAGAAAGUUACCUGGUAAUUUUUUCAUUUGUUUUUCAUAUGCCGGUACCUUCUUUUUGGCUGAGAUCUUUCUUUAACUUGUGAUAUAUUCAUAUUACACAUUUAUAUAUAAAAAAAGAAAAGCAAACAAAAAAACUUGAACAAAAGUACUGAAAGCCAAUUAAUUUCCUAUUUCAAUGUAUCUAUUGUAAGUUAAGAUCUGGAUUUAUUUCUCUAGUUCACUUGUUUUCUACUUUCAAGAGCAACUCAUUGCCAAAACAUUUUUAUGCUUGUUCUUGGCAUAUGUAUCAAAGCGUGUGCCACAGCUUGUCUUGUGCAUAAAAACUCUUCUUAACGUACCACUGUACAUUUAACACACAAAUGGCCACUGUUCUUGUCUAAGUAAAGUCUAUGUGGACAAUCUUCCUGUGAUGUGUAGUGACCUUAGUCAUGUAGCCAGAUAACCCACUGUGGUAAUUGUGACAAAAAGAGAGAGAGAGAGAGAGAAAUUAUUGAUUAUCAUUAAGAGUUAGCAAGGAGUGUUUUAUUUUCAUUGUCCAUUGUGGUUAUCAGAUAUAAAUUAGUUACAUAUGAAUACUGUUUAGAAGACUCCUGGUUGUGGAUUAUAAAAUGUGUACAUUUUGUAUUGCUUUUUUCAAUAAAAUUGUCUUGAAAUACUUCCCACA